CCCCGAUUCGCCUAUCGCAACGAAACACCAUCACUCCAGUCUGCCAUUCUAGUACCUCUGAUACAACUGUACUUUGCUGCUCCUGCUGGACACGGUGUGCGGCAUAUUUGUGUCUUCUGGUGACAGUACAUUUGUUCCGAGUGUUCUCUUGCUGGUCGUUCCUCCACGAGAAGCAGCUCUGCCACCGUGAUCAGGAAACCCACUGCGUUGAUCACCGCUUGGGGCGCCAUUCAACAGUCUUUUGCAUGUGCCGACUGAAUUCACAGCUUGCGAGCCGCUUCUCAUAAGCCUCGAGCUCCAGAUUACCUCAGACCUCCUACCCUCACGAAGUCGACAUAUUUUCUUCGAUGCAGCCCCUGCCUCCUCCCAACAGCAGCCAGUCGCCGAGGCCUGCAGAGGCACGCGACCAGACUCCACCUCGGAUGGAUGCCCCUUCGCUCGGUCAACCCCCGGCUUCUGGCUCCGCAGGUCAAGUUGGUCCAAAUGCCGGUUCUGCGGCGGCAACAGAUGGAAAGAAGAAGAGAAAACACCGUGGUGGGAAGAAGAGGAGGAACCGCCGUCAGUCCUUCGCCGCGCCCUCUGAAGUCUCAGCCAUGCAUAGCAUGGACGGAGGGCCGCACGACGACCCCCUGAUUGAAGAAUCGCAAGAACAGGAGCCUCGGCCUUCUUUCUAUCGAGCGAACAAGAGCAAUUUGAGCGGGGAGAGUCUCAACAGCGAUGCUCUCCUGGAUCAUCGAGAGCAGCAGACCAUGCGCCCUCGCAGAGAUAGCAGGCCGACUCCAAAUUACCUUGCUACGUCGUACCGGACUGCCACCUUCCCGAACAUAGACACUGGUCCACGCCGCAGACACAGGAGUCAGCAGGACAUAAUGAGUCCGCACGAAUCUGAGCCCGAAGAUGCCAACGAUCGUACACCUUUGAUUUCAGGUCCGCGCCAACGCAAAAGUCCCGGUGAGACAGGUUAUGGCCUGUUUAGAGUCAAGUCCAAUACCUCCACCUUGUCGUCAAACUCCAAGCAACAGAAAAAACGAGCGCCUGGGGCCGGCCAGUCGUUGCCCAAAUCCGAGCCAGAGUACGAUGUGAAUAAUCCUCCAUCAGUGCCUCCCAGCCCUACCUUCGGCGCCCAGUUCGAUGAUGUGAUGGUUGACGAGGGAAACUUUUUGUCUCGGUCACCGGACGGCCGUCCAAACCAACAAGCGACGAACAAAGACACACUCAUUGAUAUCGACGGCGAUGGAGCCGGACAACCUAAUUCAGCACCUCCUAGCCCCAGACUGCGACCAGAGGGCAUCCAGCGACAUCGUGCAUUGGCGUUGGCCGCAGAAGAAGAUGUCUGCUUUCCUUCAGAUGCAGGCUCAGAGGUCGGCGAGGCCUACUACAACCGGAGCCAGCCACAAGGCCAUUAUGCUGCGAGUGUACGGCGGAAGCGACGGGACCGCGAGUGGCCUCAGCUUUGGGUCUUGGAUGAAUGGAGCCGGGUGGAAAAGGAAGAGAGGGCGGCGGGCGAACGACGGGCGAAGAAGAUCAGUGAGCCUGUGUUUGUGGAGGGCAGGCUGCGACCGUCCAACACCGCAUGGCAUCGGCCACAGGAUGAUGUUCAGUAUCGGUACACAUACUUCAACGAAGAGUUUGAGAGUACCAUUCACGCACAGACGAUAUCGGAACUCGUCCAACCAGGGGGCAAUUUCCGCGAAUUGUUCAUUCCAGACCCUCCUGAGUUGACCGAAUCCAGCAGCAGCGAAGAAGACGAGGCCGAACACAAUGCAGAGGAUCUAAGCGGGCACCACAGCCCCAAGUCCCAGCCUGCGACCACCAAUGGAGGAAACUCGACCCUUACUGAAGGCAUCAAGACGAGGCUGGAAGCGCCUGGGAAGUCUUCAGAGCAAACCUCGGGAUCAGCCACGCCCAGGAAGACGGGGUCUCAAUCUCGACCGCCGAAGCCUAAGAAAUACGGCCCUCGUCCAACCUUCUGGCUUGAUGUCCUGUCACCAACUGAUCAAGAAAUGCGUGUUCUCAGCAAGACCUUUGGCAUCCACGCCCUGACCUCCGAAGAUAUCAUGAUGCAAGAGGCCCGGGAGAAGGUUGAGCUGUUCAGAAAUUAUUACUUCAUCAACUACCGUACCUUCGAGCAGGACAGCACCAGCGAGGAUUACCUGGAACCCAUCAACAUGUACGUCUGUGUCUUCCGCUACGGCAUCCUCACCUUCCAUUUCUCUCCCAUCCCUCACCCGGCAAACGUACGACGGCGAAUUCGGCAACUUUCCGACUACUUAAUACUGAGUGCCGACUGGAUUUCGUACGCCAUCAUUGACGACAUCACCGAUGUCUACCAGCCGUUGAUUACCAGCAUCGAGCAGGAAGUUGACCAGAUCGAGGAUCUCAUCCUCAAGUCCUUUCACAACAAAGGCGAGCUGGCCGGCCACCAAGGUGAGAAGGGAAAGGAGGACACGUCGGACGGAUCCGAAGCCGAAAUCAGCGGUAUUGACAUGCUGUUGCGGAUCGGCGAAUGUCGCAAGAAGGUCAUGUCACUCUACCGCCUGCUCGGCACGAAAGCAGACGUAAUCAAAGGUUUUGCGAAACGGUGCAAUGAACAAUGGGAGGUCGCGCCUAGGUCAGAGAUUGGACUGUAUCUGGGAGAUAUUCAGGAUCAUAUCUUGACCAUGACGGGGAAUCUUUCUCAUUACGAGACUCUUCUUGCGCGUGCACACGGAAAUUAUUUGGCUCAAGUGAGCAUCCACAUGAAUGAACGUCAGGAAGAGACUGCCGAUGUAUUGGGGAAACUUUCGGUCUUAGGUACAGUCUGCCUUCCUUUGACAUUGAUUACCGGAUUAUUCGGUGCAAACUUCAAGGUGCCGGGGCAAGAUGUGGACAAUCUCCACUGGUUCUGGGGCACAACGGCUGGCUUAAUCUUGUUUGGCAUUGCUUGCUUCUACUUCUGCAAGAAAGUGUACAAAAUCAUAUGAGGUCGGCAACGACAAAAAUGCUGGGGAUCUCCCUGCCAGCUUCGGCAGCACGGAGCAUCGUCCUCGCUUUUGGAUGAAUGGUGAUGAAUGGUGACAAGUGUUUUGAGAUUUUCGGCGCGAAAAAGACGCGACGCAUGGGGAUCGAUGCAUGCCACAGCACUAUGGGAGCUGUUGGCAUAGGAUGUGUACCUUUUCUUGUUGGAGUAUAUGGGAAAUGUGGUGAACCAAAACUUGGGGACACUCACCAGGCUUUCCCGGAUAACUCGAAGCCUUGCACGUGCAAGCUUGGUUCCAUUUUCGUUUCUAAACUGAGCAACAGUCGGAGUAUUUGCUUACCACCUGCUUACUAGUAACCUGAGGAGUGACUGCGCUUGGUCACGAAACGGCCAAAUCCCCCUUCAUGGAUACCUGAUAGUCUUCGAUCAGGUAAACAUUCCUCGCCGGAGUUAUGGGUAGUACAGAUCCCCGUCUGAAGGUCAGUUGCCGCACAAGACAGAGUAUGUUGUCGUCCGCUUUUGAUGCCGUUAUAGGUACUGCCGAACGAAGUAUGUAGUUGUGGGUGUCUGGGGAUAUGAAUAAACGCAUUCGAUACUGUAAAUCUAAACCCUAAGAACAGCAAUGCCGUCCAACGCUACAGCUGAACUGCCUAGCGUAUCCACCAUUAAUUAAGUGGAUAGAAAUAUACAAAUGACAACGAGUAUGAUGGCUUCGGAUGUCGAAAUACACGCACUCACGGGCUUGACCAGAUCAAUUCUAAGAAACUAUGCCAGGGCAAGACCGAAGGAUGGACUGGAGAUUCAAGGGGGCCAAAGUGGGUGUCCAGCAAACAAUCACACACGAAAUGAUAGAAUAGACGAUAGCAACAAUAGACUGCUUGCAUAUAAUG